AUCAUCAACAAAAUCAAUGAAAAAACAAUCAAAUAAAUCUCGUAAAUCAUUGUUUAUGAUGAAAAAACGAAAAUGGAUCUCGACACCAUUUGGAUUCAUUACUAAUUGUUGUAUGACACGAACCGAUUCGAUUGCCGAUCUACAACAACGAUCAUCGACUAAUGAUGAAGAUUGUCAACCACAAAAACAACCAAUCGUUAAAUGCCAAAUGUCAACCAGUAACGGUGUUGUGGACCAACAAACCUCUGGAUCGAUCAACAAUAUUAAUGAUAAUAAUAAUGUUGUUCAAAGACAACAUCAACAUGACCAUAACUUUAAUGAUGAUGAUGAAGAUGACAAUGUCGUAAAUGGCGAUGCACACAGGGUUAAUAUUGAUGAUGAUCUAUCGUUUAUGGAUAAUUUUCCACCUUUAAAUCAACCAUUAAGUCGAAUUGUUUCGUUACGACGACGUCACCCAAAUACACCAAUGUCACGAAGUCCUGAACCACCACCAUUACCACCACAUCCAUUUCCAGUGGGUGUUGUAUUGUCUGGUUUUUCAAAUAGUUAUCUACAUCAUCCACAUUUAUCAUCAUCACACGAUUCUUCACAUCCAGAACAACAGGAUAAUAAUAUUUCAUCGAUCUCAUCAUCCGUAAAUCUGAAUCCUAAUUCUGCUGCCUCAUUAUCAAGCGAUGAUGGUGGUGAUGAUACUUAUCGACAUGAUAAUGAUGUAUCAGUUGAUGGUCAACAUCAUCAUCAUCAACAACAACUGCAACAGCCACCGCAUUUAUAUGAACCAUAUUCAAUUCAAAUGCCCAUAAUGAAUCAUCAUAUACAAAUGGAUACAAAUAAUAUGAACCGUUCAGCUAGCCGUUCAACGCCUACAUUUCAUACACAGAUUGAUUACAUUAAUUGUUUGGUUCCUGAUCUAUUGGCCAUUACUAAUCGUAGUUUUUAUUGGGGUAAGAUGGAUCGUUAUGAAGCUGAACGUUUAUUGGAUGGUAAACCUGAGGGAACAUUUUUGUUACGUGAUUCCGCACAAGAAGAUCAUUUAUUUUCCGUAUCAUUUCGUCGAUUUGAACGUUCAUUACAUGCUAGAAUUGAAAAUUGGGAACAUCGUUUCUCAUUUGAUUCACAUGAUCCUGGUGUAUUCUCAUCAACUACUGUAACCGGUCUUAUUGAACAUUAUAAAGUACCAUCACAUUGUAUGUUUUUUGAACCAGUACUUACCAAACCAUUGAAUCGUACAUUUACAUUUUCAUUACAACAUUUGGCACGUGUAACAAUUUGUGAUCGUGUUACAUAUGAUUCAAUUAAUCGUUUACCACUGCCACAAAUAUUAAAAAGCUAUCUUAAAGAAUAUCAUUAUCGUAUUAAAGUGCGUACGAAACAUUUCGAUGAAUCAUCAUUAUAUCGAUGGUUAGAACCGAAUCAUCAUCAUAAUCAACAACAGCAACAACAACAACAGCCACGUGUCUAUUUUCAUCAAUAA